UUGUGUCCUCUCGUAGCCAUCAUGAAGGUCGAGUUGUGCAGUUUCAGCGGGUAUAAAAUAUACCCCGGCCAUGGCCGGCGUUACGCCAGGAUAGACGGAAAGGUGUUCCAGUUUGUCAAUGGCAAAUGUGAGGCAGCCUUCCUGGCGAAGAGGAACCCCAGACAGAUCAACUGGACUGUGCUGUACAGACGCAAGCACAAGAAGGGCCAAUCUGAAGAGAUUGCAAAGAAGCGUACUCGCCGUGCAGUGAAAUUCCAGAGGGCCAUCACUGGGGCCUCCCUGGCCGAGAUCAUGGCCAAGAGGAACCAGAAGCCCGAGGUCCGUAAGGCCCAGAGGGAGCAGGCCAUCAGAGCUGCCAAGGAGGUCAAGAAGGCUAAGCAGGCAACCAAGAAGCCCUCUGCAGCAAGUGCAAAGGCUUCUGGUAAGACGACACAAAAACAAGCCAAGCUCUCUAAGCCCAUGAAGGUCAACGCUCCUCGUGUUGGUGGAAAACGCUAAAUCAGAUUUAUGCUUGUGAAUAAAACAUUUUUGCUUAAGCAC